CACCUUCGACUCCAAGCUGAGGCAGAGCUCCACAACAGUUACCACGCCUUUCGCCUUUUCUUUUGUCCUCCACUCCACUUCCCCUCCUCACGAGAGGAGAGAGAGUGCGUGCGAGUGCGGAGCCAAGAACACGGAGCGCCCCGGGAUCUCCGCUUCCCCCCGAUUCGAGGUGCUUCUUUCUUCCGUUUCGGGGUGGAGUUCGUCCUACUUCCGGGAGUUGCUUCGCUUGGUGCUGCCCAGAAUUAGCGCGGAAGCAGGUGGAGUGCUCUCUGCGCUGAAAUCCGCUCACCGGGUGCCAGGAAACAGGCGGUUGGAGAGAAUUGCUUGGGAAUUCGCCAAGAAGCGACCGAAUCUUUGCAGGUGCUUGUGCACUUGUUAUGCUGAGACUGAAUGGAGGCAGUAGAUAAGAUUGCCGAGCCCAAAGACCCUUUGGUGCUCACUGCUCGGAAGGUUCAGAGCUUGGAGCCACCGAUACCUAUAAAGGCGUCGUGGAAAGGGAAGAACUCCCAGCAGCAAGAAGAGAAGGAUUUGCCAGCUGAUGGUGAGGAGAGCUUCCGGAGCCUGGAUUCUUCUGAUGAGGGUGGCCGGAGCUCCUUCUCUGGGGCUAGUCACCCUCCAGAGCCUAUUGAUAUGGAUAUUAUGAAGACAGUCUAUGUUGCAAUUGACGAGGAGAAGUCCGAGCCACCGGUGUGUUUAGUGCGGGGAGUGUCGAUGAAGGGGCCUUUCAUGGAUGACCUCUCGGUCCGUGUCACAGGCACAAAGGCAAAUCUGGUGGUAGGCGCCGGCACCGCCGAAGGUUUGGCUGAAGAGAGGAAGGUGUCUAGUUCUGCAGUGGCAUCACUGGCCACAGCGCGCUCAUCUCAGGCUACCUCUUUGCCUCAGGACUCGGAAGAGAAGGAGUGUGUCUGGGAUGCUUCACUCCCUCCCAGUGGCAAUGUCAGCCCUCACAGUAGCAUUGACAGCAUGGGUGUGGUCACUGCCAUGAGCACCCUUAACAGCUGUGCAAGCACUUAUAAAAGUGAAGCUGUAGCUAGUGAAGGAAUGCUUGCUGUGGAGAGAAACUUCGAAGGUGUAAAGAGUGUUCGAGGCGACUUACAAGAAAGUGCAAAAACUAGCAUGAGUCGAGCAAGUGAUAGCAGUGGUGUUAGUGAUGACAGCAGCUGGAGCCAUAUAACUGGAGGUGCCAGCAAGCCUCACAAGGGGAAUGAUCCUAGAUGGAAAGCAAUUCAUGCUGUACGAACUCGUGAUAGCGUGCUUGGAAUGAGCCAUUUUAGACUACUCAAGCGUCUUGGUUGUGGUGACAUUGGCAGUGUUUACCUCUCAGAAUUAAGUGGAACUCGGUGCUACUUUGCAAUGAAGGUAAUGGACAAGGCAUCCUUGGCAAGUAGGAAGAAGUUAAAUAGGGCUCAAACUGAAAGGGAAAUUCUACAGCUUCUGGACCACCCAUUCCUCCCAACCUUGUAUACACAUUUUGAGACCGACAGGUUCUCUUGUUUGGUGAUGGAAUUCUGUCCGGGUGGCGAUCUGCAUACUCUGCGACAGAGACAACCAGGGAAACAUUUCUCAGAGUAUGCUGCAAGGUUUUAUGCUGCGGAAGUACUUCUAGCCCUGGAGUAUCUACACAUGUUGGGUGUUGUGUACAGGGAUCUGAAACCAGAAAAUGUCCUUGUGCGUGAUGAUGGGCACAUAAUGCUUUCAGAUUUUGACCUCUCCCUAAGAUGUGCAGUCUCACCUACACUCAUCAGAACAUCAGCUUUUGAUUCUGAUCCCAGAAGAGCAGGUGGUUCUUUCUGUGUACAACCUGCUUGCAUGGAACCUACUUCAGCGUGUAUUCAGCCUGCAUGCUUCCUUCCCAAAUUCUUCGGACAGAAGAGCAAGAAAAAGACUAGAAAGACAAGGUCUGAGUUGGGACAGAAUGCUGGCACCCUGCCCGAGCUUGUUGCUGAACCAACGUCCGCUCGGUCAAUGUCAUUUGUCGGGACUCAUGAAUACUUGGCACCUGAAAUCAUCAAAGGCGAAGGCCACGGAAGUGCUGUUGACUGGUGGACCUUCGGCAUCUUCCUUCAUGAGCUGCUGUACGGUAAAACCCCAUUCAAGGGGUCAGGAAACCGUGCCACACUGUUUAACGUGGUUGGUCAGCAGCUGAAAUUCCCAGAGUCACCGUCCACAAGCUACGCUAGCAGAGACCUCAUCAGGGGUCUCCUGGUCAAGGAACCACAGAACCGCCUAGGAGUGAAGCGGGGAGCGACAGAGAUAAAGCAGCACCCCUUCUUCGAAGGCGUGAACUGGGCUCUCAUCCGGUGCAGCACUCCACCUGAGGUCCCAAGACCCGUUGAGGCCGAGCUGCCAGUGAAGUAUGGUGUGGCCGAGGCAAUCGGGAGCAACAGCAAGAGGAUAGUUGGCGCGGACGUGAAGUCGGGCGGAAAGUACCUGGACUUUGAGUUCUUUUAGAGUAGGUUCCCAGUGGCUGCUAUUGUUUGCUUACUGUUGGUGUAUGGUCAGCUUGAUGUUGUGUGAUUCGAUAUGGUGGUUUGUGUCUCACCAUCGGUGCAAAAUUAUCAGAUCUGAAUUGACCAGAAUUAGAUAGAUGUGUUUGCCUA